AUGACGGUAGUAACGGAAUUGGCUGAGCGUCGCUCAGCAGCCAAGAGCCAAAAACGUGAGGGCGAUCUGGACCCAUCAACAAAACGAAAAUCAGCUCCAAUUGACCCUCGCUCUCCUGCGCGAGGGUUCUUUCCGGAUGCCACCCCAAAACCAGUUCGCGACGCUGUUGCCCCCAAUAAGGAUGAUUCGGUGAUGAUGGACACAACGGGUCAAUCGGUAAUUAGCGCCACGAAUAAACCAGUCAACGGCGAGUUUGCUUAUUGGUCCGACAACGAUGGGUCAGAGUCUGUUGAGUCGGCUCCAGACUUUUUGGCACCAUCGAAUUUGGACAAACCUCCUACUGAAGAGGUUGCGGGAAAGUCACCUGCCCCAGCUCAGCGGGCCAAUGACCCCUUGGCAACAGUAUUGAUCAACUCUCACUUGUCGAAGACUGAGCCUCCCAACCCUCCUCAACCUUCAGCUCCUCUGUCUGUGAAGAAGCAACUCACUUAUGUUGCCGCCUCACAGAAGAAGGCUGCUAUUUGGACCAAGCACCUCUCUGAAGAAAUGAAAGCCCGUGAAGUGACACAGAUGAAUCUGACUGGGCUUCCUCGCUCAAACGCCCAGUUCCUCUGUGCUACAAUCAACUAUGAAUGGGAUGGCUACACAUCUGAGGGUGGGUCGAUUGAAAAGUGUCUCACUGAAGAAAUGGUCUCUGUUCUGUCUAUGGCUAUGGACAACGCUGAGGGCGACUUGGUCAUUCUUCCAGUGAGCGAACUCCGUGUACGGGACAAGAAGUUGUGGCUGACCUCUAAGGAGAAGGUGGAGGAGCUCACCUACAAGAAGCUCAAGCCCUACAUUGACUGGUCCUGGAAUAAUGGAGCCCAAUUUGGCUACAACGCUAAAACCCCGGCUCCAAGACUCUUCGCACCCGCAUUUGCUUACCCUGUCCGAAUCGGUUGGCUACUGAACUACCCCAUGGGGAUUGGGAGAGUGGCACUCAAACGCGAGCUCAUUCGUCACUUCACCUUCAAGAGAGCUAUCGCCCUAGAACCUGCGUGGCCACAGAACCCCGGUACGGUGGGCCAAAAAUGGAUGCCCUCCAAGGGUCCAAAAGCGUGGCACAUUUGGGUAGCGGCUUCUGACGUGGAUAGAGUGGCACGGGCCCUCUUUGCAUGGCUCAGGCCAGAGACAAAGAAGUGUCACAUGCUGUUUGGUGCUCGGACUCAGUUUAUCUACGACUGGGGGGCCAUUACAAAGGGACACUUAGGUGACCUCGCGCAACCAGGGGGGCAGUGGAAUGGCAUCAUUGGGAAACUCAUCAACACCCAUAACACUACCUCCCAGACCUGCACCUCCCUGGCUCCACUGUUUCCUAUUCAAGGCAUGCUGACCAAGGUCUUCAUUCCCAAGUAA